AUGCCGGCUCGGCGUACAGGCAGCGCAAAGGGUCCUCCGAUCGGGAAUCCCGUUCCUAACCAGGUGGAAUACGAUCCAGAUUUUGAAAACUCGGUCAAAGGUUCCAGCUCCGAGCAUGAGACACCCAAGGUCAAGAGUGGCAACUCGAAACGGAAGAAUGAACAGCCAAAGGCGUUGGCUAGAGCAAAGCGCCGAAGAAUUGCAGAAGGGCCUACCCUUACCAAUCCACUCAUCGCUCUCCUCGGAGUGUCUGGAGACGAAUAUUUUGAGAAGCUAGAAGAGUUUCGGGAUGUUGAGAUGGACUAUUCAAGAGCCUCGGACAUCGACCUGUCUGCUAGCCCGACAGUCGAUUCUCUUGGUGUCAAGAAGGAGACUUAUACUCUGGUGGCUGAGGACGGUGACGACGACACCACAGCCGACGAGGAGGAACGACCGCGGCUCAGGAUCAAAGUAGAGAGCGAUAUGGACAAUAUCACGGAAGAUGAGGAAGAGCGACCGCAGUUUAGGGCAAGUUUUCCUCGAUCGACUGCAAUAGAGGCCCAGGAUGGUAUGGGCUUCAAGCCUAGCUUCUCAAAGCGACCUACGAUUCCUCCACCACCACUCAUUCUUGAUCAUGAGAAGGACAUUCGAGUACCUGAUUCGAUAAAUUAUUGCCUCCGCAGCUAUCAAAGAGACGGUAUUCGGUUUAUGUACCAGCGCUAUCGACAGCGUAUGGGUGGUAUUUUGGGAGACGAUAUGGGUCUAGGAAAGACGGUGCAGGUCAUAUCAUUUCUCAGCGCGAUUAUGAAGAAGACUGGUAAACGGACCGACCUCGACAGGCGAUGUCAGCAUAUCAACAGGUUAUUCGACGAAGGGAAAAGACUUCGGAGACUCGGCGAAGAUCAAAGCGUAGAUGAGCAUCUUCCACCUCCCAAUGAUCGCUGGCCUACAUGUCUCCUGGUGGUACCCAGCUCACUCAUUAGCAAUUGGAAGAAUGAAUUAGAGACGUGGGGAUACUUUGAGUUUGCCGUCUAUCAAGGUGACCGACGGUCUGAAGUUGUUCGUCAAUUUCGUAUGGGUCGCUUAGAUAUCGUUUUGGUAUCCCUUGAGAUACUUCGAUCACCGGCGGGCGACGCACUCUUCGAUCUUGGAUGGUCCCUCACCAUCUGUGAUGAAGUCCACAGACUCAAAAAUUGCAAUAGGGAGAGUCUAAAAGCCGCAAGUCAGAUUGAAUGCGAUGUCCGCAUUGGUUUGACGGGAACAGCGUUGCAGAACAACUACGAAGAACUUUGGACCCUUCUUAAUUGGGCAAAUCCUGGUAAACUUGGAACCAAGCAACAGUGGAAUCAUAGCAUUAGCUCGGUUCUCAAAGAUGGACAAUCAAGCAACGCGACACCGGAACAAACUGCUCGUCGUGAUGCCGUCGCGAAAGGCGUCAAGGAAAAGUUACUUCCAAUGUAUUUCCUCAGAAGAGAUAAACAAGAAAUUGCGGAUCAGCUGCCACGAAAGACAGAAACUAUCGCGUUCUGUCCGCUCACCCAGAUGCAAAAGGCGGUGUACCGAAGACUGCUUGAAUCGGAGGAUAUGCAAAGGAUUCUCAGAGCAGAGGAUUCAUGUGAAUGCGGAAGUGGGAAAACGUGCGGGGCGUGUUGCUGCCCGGUGGACAAGGGGAUGAUUCUCAGUUAUAUCAGCACCUUCAUUAAAAUAUCGAACAGCCUCUUUCUCAUUGUCCCAGUCCUUGGAGAUUCUCCCGAUGCCUUGGUAGUCAAUCGGAAGCUUACAGAAACUUUGAUUCCUGGCGUGGCCCCUGCACAACUUCAGCACGCGAUGUGGUGCGAACCAGAGAAUUAUUGCGGGAAAUGGAAGGUUCUUGUCGGCCUUCUCAACGAUUGGCACACAGAGAACGAGGCUUUUCAGAUUCAAGAAGGGCAAAAGUCUGUUGUCACUUCCCAGAAGCGGCACAAGGUCCUCGUCUUCACCAAAUCUCGGAAACUCCUUGACUUCAUCGUCAGCAGUUUGGCCAGUCUCGCUUACACAACUGAAGUGAUCUCCGGAGAGGUAGUUCAGGAAGACCGCCAGAGAGCCAUUGACUCGUUCCAAACCGAUCCCAACGUAUUUGUCAUGGUUAUCACCACGAGUACCGGGAGCGUGGGACUCAAUCUAACGGCGGCCAAUAAAGUGAUUAUUUUUGACCCCGACUGGAAUCCAACGGUUGAUAUGCAAGCGAUGGACCGGGCCUACCGUUUGGGUCAAACGCGUGACGUUGAGGUUGUGCGACUCAUCAGCUCUGGCUCCCUCGAAGAGCUUAUUUAUCAGCGGCAAAUCUACAAAAUGCAAAUGAUGAUGACUAUAUACGAUGCAAAACCUCAAACGCGAUACUUUGAAGGCGUUCAAGGCGACAAGGAAAAAGAGGGAGAGCUCUUUGGUGUCCGAAAUUUGUUUACUCUGACAGAAGGAAACACCGAGAUGAGAAUAGAGGAAGCACGCUAUCGAGACGAGGUCUGGCUGAACAUGGCGGCCUUGGAGAAGAGGCUACAUGGAUCCAAGGGAAUUGAUUUGAAGAAAAGUCUAAUUGAUGACUUUACUGAGGGAGCGGUGAAGAAAGCAGAAAACCAUAUGAAGAAAAUAGAGAAGCAGCUUAGAAAACACGGAGUUGCGAGCAUGGUUUCCGGCCAAGAGGUUGCCAUGGAUUCUGAGAAGUGGUCGAUUCUUCAAAGCCGCAAACGCGGUCGGAAAUCAUCUGCCGACAAGAAAGCUCAGACCUCGACGCCUUCCAUCGAGUGGACUGCACCAAUGCGAUUGAGAAAGAUGACCGUGGCCCAUAGUCAAGAUCUUCCUGCAGGAAGAGCUGAGAUGGUACUGAGUGACUAA